AUGAAAUCGUAUGUCGAGCUCGUCACAGUCCCUUCGAGGGACAACAAUAGCACGUUGCUGAUGCUUCACUUCGACGAGAAGCGAUAUGUCUUUGGUCAAGUUGCCGAAGGCACCCAACGGAUGCUGGGUCAGAACUUGGUCAAAAUGAACCGGAUUAGCGAUAUAUUUCUUUCUGGAAAGACGGAAUGGUCAAGCACAGGCGGGCUUACUGGGUUGCUGUUGACAAUGGGAGAUGCCAAAGCUAUUCGAGAUCUGGAAAGACAGCAGCAGCUGGAGCGGAAGCAAGCAAAAUACGCCAUGGCGAACCCCGAUGGAUCUAUGAGCAAUCCAUACCCUCCACCCCCCGAACCGAAGGGCCUUACGAUACACGGUGGGAAGAAUAUACUAAGCACUAUGGCUACUACAAGAAACUUUGUUUUCAGGGAAAACAGUGGGAUCAAUUUUCACGAAUACGAUUUCUUAGAAGGAAGCGUUGUAUUCAAGGAUGAUUUCGUGACCGUAAGGCCACUCAGAGCAUUUCCGAGACAAGGAAGUUCAAAAAUGACGGUGGAAGAGAAUCGACUACGAGAGAUUGAGGAUAUCGAUCUAGGCAGCCGUGAACAGUUGAAGAAUAUCGUCGACGCUAUGUGGAAUGGCCAACCGGGGUCACUACAAGUUGGAAAGGACGACGAGGACUAUGUCAUCUCAUUGGUGACAAGACUCAAGGAGGACGAACAACGGCAGCGCAACGAAAAGGCUGGAUCUAGUGCGCUCCCGAACAAGAACCACGAUAGAGACAUCGAGAGCGAGUCACCGCCCAAAAGGUUGAAAUUGAACUCCGACCAGACAAAGGGUGAUGAAGAACCCUCCUGGGACGGUAUUUUGGAAGCUUCAGAGACGGGAAGGCCUAUACCGGAGUUUUCGGCUUCCCGGCCUUUGCGACGUCCAUGGCCGGCUACAUACACUAGGUCAUUACCUGGAACCAUCCCGAAUACCUCUGCCAUAUCCUAUAUGAUCAGUAUAGCCCAGGUCCGAGGUAGGUUCCGACCGGAUAUUGCGAAAAAGCUAGGCGUAAAGCCAGGACCCGACUUCAGAAUCCUUACCGAUGGCGGAUCAGUCACAUUAGAGGAUGGAACCAUAAUCCAUAGCACUCAGUGUCUUGACCCCCCUCGCCCAGUCAACGGCAUCGCCUUUUUAGACAUUCCGGAUGAGAAUUUCCUAGAAUCAACAAUCGAAGAAAUUAAUGCCUGGAAAGAAGAAAGAAAAAAUAAUAAGGAAAACUGUGCGGUUUCCCUAUGGGUAUGGGUAGUCGGCCCUAAUAUCGAAACGAACAAGAGGCUCUUAGAUUACAUCGACACCCUCGAUGGCCAGCACAUGAUAAACUCGCCGACCUCUCCAUUCCAAGAUAUGUCCUUGAAAGACUCAGCGGCACAGGCAACAAGAUUGAACCUUCUAGACAAUGAAAAUUUCCCACUGCCUUGCCCUGGUUAUUCUCACCCAUCCGGUGUUCCUGAACCGGAACCGACAGAUAAGGACCGAAUACUUAGGGCCAGAGACUCCCUGCUAAUUGAUGUACAUCCGACUCAGGGCGUCCAGCUCGCCAAGCUACGUCCUAGGUUCGACUACAGUUUAGUCCAAAGGGAGGCAAAGACUAAAUUCGGCGAUGGAAGAUAUUGGAGGGCUGCCAAAGCUGCUCACGAGAAAAUUGCAAAAGAGGCAACCCAGAGGGACCCCACACCUUCUGCAGCGGAUGAAGUCGAACUAGUUACCCUCGGGACUGGAAGUUCCAUGCCGAGUAAAUACCGAAACGUAUCGGCUACGGCGGUCACCGUUCCAGGAUUUGGUAACAUCCUUCUCGACUGCGGUGAGAGCACCCUCAACCAGCUCCGCAGGUCAUACGGACAAGAAAAAACUGCUGAGUUCUUGAAGAACAUGAAGAUCCUCUAUAUCAGCCAUUUGCAUGCGGACCACCACCUUGGAACCAUAGCUGUUUUGAAAGCUUGGUUUCUUAGAAUGGUAGACACCAGUGAGGACAUAUCCAAACUCUAUCUAAUUGCGCCCUCUAAGUUCCUCAACUUCCUGGAGGAAUACACCCAGAUUGAAAACUAUGGGUUGCGACACAUCAAUUUCAUAUCGUGUGAUUCCCUCCUCAUCGCCUCACAGCAACAUCCUGACAAUAAGAAACGGGAAGACUCUCAGCGUAUCGAAGAAAUUUUAUCCGCACUCCCGCUCGAGAAAAUUGAAACAUCCCGUGCUGUUCACUGUCGGGGAUCCUUCACUGUGGCAUUUACAUUCAAGCAACCAACCGGGUUCAAAUUGGCAUACUCUGGAGAUACGAGACCCACGAACGGAUUCGUAGAGAUUGGAAAAGACUGCACGGUUCUUCUUCAUGAGGCAACCUUUGACGACGAGCUACGGGACGAGGCCCUUGCGAAGAGGCAUUGCACGACUUCUGAAGCCAUACAAGCGGGGAAGGAUAUGGGUGCAAAGAAUCUCUUGCUCACUCAUUUCAGUCAGCGCUAUCCAAAAUUACCCAACAUUCGCCGACAGUCUUCUAACGGUGAUGACCCGCUUUGUGAUCCAUUCAUGGAAACCUCUGAGGAGAGAGGAUCGACUUACAUCCCCCGAGCUAAAGACAUUAAAGUCUCAGAAAAACGACACGACGGACCUAUUGUUUCUAAGCCGGACGACGAAAAUGCAAUGCACAUCGGGUUUGCGUUCGACAUGAUGCGUGUGAAAGUAAAGGAUUUCUGGAAACUAGAAAGUUUCAUCCCAGCACUAGAAGAACUCUUCAAACAAGAAGAAAAGCUAGACGACGAGCUAUCGGAACCAAAUGAGAACUUAUCGAAGGGUCAAUCGCAGGAUAAGAAUAGGAAAGGGAAAAAGAAAGAGGGCCCCACACCGCCUCAACCCACAAGUAAACGACAACAAGAUAAGUUGGCCAAGAAAUUACAGAGGCGAGGUCCACCACAAAGUAGUAAUUAG